AUGAUGAAAUCAUGUUUCUACUACUUCAUUCAAAUCGCUUUGAUAAAUUCUUAUAUAAUUUAUAAAAACCAUAGCAAAAGCAGUGAUGGACUACUUAGUCAUGAAGAAUUUAGAAUGGAAGUGGCUUUAGGAUUGAUAGAAUAUAAUUGCAAUAGUAAUCAAAUUACAAAGGCGGCAAUAAAGGGAGAAAUGAAUAGAAGAUUUACUUAUUGUAAACAGUUGAAUAAAGACAGCAAAACCUACUAUAAAUGUUCUGAUUGCAGCGAGCCAAUACAUCGUGGCUGUUUUAUUAAUCAUAAAUGUUGUAGAUAA